AUGUCCUUCUCCGUGCCUCAGAAUACCCCUUCGUUUACAAGUACCGAGCGAGCAUAUGAAGACACAUAUUGGCGGCAGAAGCAUAGUAAUGGCCACACGACAGCCCGACCAUUGGCCGGAGUCACGUCGAAGAUCCACGAUAUUUUUGCCGAGAACAACGACCUCCCCAUGUACAAGGACAAGCCACAUUUCCCUUCCAGCCGGAGGAGGGGGCCGCUACAACCCAAGCGAGUUUGGGCCUUGUUUGGACUGGUGAUAUUCUUGUUCAUGUGGUGGACGGGUUGGUUACCGUGGAGUUCUCGCUCAGUGUAUGAUCCAGCUGCGCAUCAACACUCCUUCUUCCAUCAAGGGGAUUGGUCCGAACAGAGAGAGGCUGUGAAAGAGGUAUUCCAGACUUCAUGGGCCGGCUACGAGAAAUAUGCCUGGGGAAUGGACGAGUACCACCCUCUGAGUAGGAAAGGGAAAAACAUGGUGGAAGGCGGAAUGGGCUGGAUAAUUGUCGACGCCCUCGACACGGCUAUGAUAAUGAAUCUCACUUCCGAAGUGGCCAAAGCGAGAGAAUGGAUGUCCACAUCGCUGUCGUACACUGCCAAUCACGACGUCAGCACGUUUGAGACCACGAUUCGAAUGCUGGGGGGUUUGUUGUCGGCGUAUUACAUUUCCACCACCUUCCCGCAGCUGGCGCCUCAACGGGAUGAUGAUACAAACCAACCCGGGGAGGAUUUGUACAUUGAAAAAGCUACGGAUCUUGCAGAUCGUCUUCUUGGUGCAUACGACUCUCCAUCAGGCAUUCCCUAUGCGUCGGUCAACCUCAAUACUUCUCAAGGCAUCAUUUCGCACCUUGACGCAGGAGCUUCCUCCACCGCCGAGGCGGCCACCCUGCAACUUGAGAUGAAGUAUCUUUCGAAGAUUACCGGCGAACCGGUAUACUGGCAACGAGCAGAAAAUGUUCUCAAGGUCAUUGAUGCUCAUAUGCAGGAGGACGGCCUCGUCCCGAUCUUCGUCUAUCCAUCUACUGGAGAAUUCCGCGGCGAGAACAUCCGGCUCGGAUCUCGUGGCGACAGUUAUUACGAGUAUCUGAUCAAACAGUAUCUACAGACUGGCGGGGUGGAGGCUGUCUAUCUGGAUAUGUGGGAGGAAGCACUCGAAGGAAUCAAGAAGCAUCUGAUCACGUAUUCCAAGCAUGCAUCCUUGACCAUCCUAGCUGAGAGGCCAAAUGGACUUGGCAUGCCCCUGACGGCCAAGAUGGACCACCUGGUGUGCUUCAUGCCGGGAACAAUAGCGCUGGCGGUCACCGGAGGUCAGACAGUCGAGGAGGCAAAAGCCAGGCUGGGGAGCGGUUGGACCAAAACACAUGACGAAAAUCUCAAACUUGCGGAAGAACUGAUGAAGACCUGCUGGGGCAUGUACAAAGUUACCCCGACGGGCCUUGCUCCCGAGAUCGCAUACUUCCACACUGACACACCGCCGCGACAGUGGAAGGGUCAUCUUGACCCAGAAUGGUCACCUCCUGAAUCGAGUCCGCGUUUGGACGAUCUCGGCGCUGACUGGAGAUCCGACUAUGACAUCCACUCUAACGACGUGCAUAACCUCCAACGACCAGAGACAGUCGAGUCACUGUUGUAUAUGUACCGGAUCACCAAAGACCCCAAAUACCGACAAUGGGGAUGGGAAAUGUUUGAGGCAUUCCGAGAACACACCAAAGUCGUUGAUGAGGUCUCCGGCGUGAUCUACGCCUACACUUCCUUGGACACGGUCAUGGAGAAUCCUGUCAGGGAGCGCAAGAAACGCGACAAUAUGGAGAGCUUCUGGUUGGCGGAAACACUGAAGUACUUCUACCUGCUCUUCUCCGACGAGGACUUCUUCCCGCUUGACAGUGUCGUGUUCAAUACCGAGGCACAUCCACUCCCGAAAUUCGACAUCAGCGGAAGUAAGGUCUUCAAGACGGGUUGGGAGAGGAAGAAAGACGCCCCUUCAAAGAAACCCCUCGGAGAAGGUGGCGGCGCCGGGAGCCGAAACGAUGAUUUUGUCGAGUCAAAGGGGAUUCGUGUGGGAGACGGGGUCAGAUUCGACGAAGCCGGGACGCAAGUCGAGGCCCAUGGUCCAGAGGUAGCCGAAAACCAACUUCCCCUUUCCAGUCCGCAUGACCAUGAGCAUGAUGACACAAUCGAGCAUGGCCACAUUGAGGAAAGCGGCAAAGGAAUCCCGAGCUCGGAACAUUCAAGUCUCGAGAAUUUGAAGGAUAACCUAGCUAAACGGGCCGAGAGCUUAAACAAUCUUCAAGAAACCCACCCGGAGCAAUGA